AAUAAUUAAUUGUUGUGUUGUUUUAAAGUUCAAAAUUAUUUACUUAUCCAAACGGUUCCAAUACAAAGAACAAGGUAGCUGGACGGACAGCCAAGCUUAAAUCGGUUCAAAAACUGGUUUUGAACGAACGUGAUGAAAGCUGGGCCUGUCUCAACACCUUCUGGAUGCUGUACACGUCGGCAUAAACUUCAUGUACCCUUCUACCAUGAAUGGUGUACUAUAAAUAAAACUUCAUAAAGAUACGGCAAACUUAUCCAUCAAAACUGUCAGAAUAGUGGCCACAAUUUCAUAAAGAAAAAUCGGGGGUUACAAUGGAGAGCAGCAACAGUAAGGGCAUUGCCAUUAUCUUGUUUUACACGAAUUUUUUGGUAGCGCAUCUAUCGUGCAAAAAGAGAAAUUGAUGUUUUUCUACACUUCAAUACAUCAAGUUCUGUUUUCUUCACAAAUUGGUUUACCAUACACCACAAAAGUUGAAGAUGCAAACCAAAGAGGUGGAGGAUGCAAUUGGAUUGAAAGGUGGCCAUGGAAAAUGACAAACUCGCUGAAAUCAAUCAGAAAAUUGCUGAAAUUAAAAAACGAAUACUAUUAGCAGAAGGACAAAAAACAGCCAACACUGCGGAAUGGGAGAAACAGAAUGGCAUCAAUUGUGAAACGAUUGCUACAUUGAAAAAGGAAAUCAAAGCAUUGACGAUGAAAUGCGGUCGUCUAAAGAAUCCUUUGCAACGAGCCAUCGUUAUUAAGGAAAUUCUACCGUCAGCAACAGAUGGUGAAGCAAGACCGAAAUCUUGUGCAUUGCCCGCAAUCGCUGUGGGUAAAGUUAACUAUCCCAUUGGAGCCAAAAAUGUCAAUGAUGCCAUUUUUCUUACUGAUCUCAAAAUUACGGAGCAUCGCAAACAGUUGGAUUUAUUGAGACAUCGUUUCAAGUGUCGUAAACAACAUUUUGCCAAAUUGAUGCAGCAACAUCGCGAAAUGUUAUCUAACAAAGAGGCAAAAGAACAAAACUUGGGUGAGAAACCACCGGAAACGUUAGAAGAAGAUAACAAUCGCAAGUUAGUUUGUCAAUUGGAAAAUGAAAUACAUCGUACUAAUGUUCGUUGGAUGGAAGCGGAACAUAUACGUAAAAAAUAUCGUUCCAUUGAAGCUUCAUUAAUGAAUGAUGCUGAACGAUUUGAAAAGAGUUUAAGAGAACUAGAGGCGGCUUUAAAUGAGCAACAAAACGAAAUCAAUCAUUUGCAAAAAGUUCACGCGGAAGCCAUCCAGAUGAGGGAAGCCGCUAAAGUUAUCUUGCAACGUCAAGAACAACAGGCGAAUUUAUCGCAAAAAACUCGUGAACGUCAAAUUUUGGAGUUCCGCCGUCAGGUUGAACAGCGUAAAAUCGAAUUAGAACGUAUUGGUCGGAAACUUUUCGUUGAGGGCAAAACAAUUGUACACCAGGAUAGCAUCGGCUCAAGCACUGGUGAACAAACUACUGCUAAAACUGAAGUCGAAGAGGACGAAAAUGCUCAACUUGCGAGUGAUACUCAAAAUGCGGAAGAAUUGCUUAAAAAUCUAAUGGAAGUGACAGGAGCCACAUCGCCUCAGGAAAUACUCGAACGUUUUGCUUCACAAAAAGAGUCUGCGGUACGUUUGAAUUAUUUGCGAAAAGCGGCCGAAAUGGAAAAAAGUAAUCUGGAGCUUUUAAGGGAAACACUUACUAAGGAAUUAGAAUCUUCCAAGUUUACCGAUGUCAAAGAGAGAGAAGUCAAUCAAGAAGUUAUUGAAAAUAUUAAAAGUGAAAUAGCUGAACAUGAAGCGGAGAAGCAAAAAAAUAUCGAGACUGCCGAAAAAACUUUGGAAAUGUUGAAGUUCAUUAAAGAACAUUUAAAUGAAAUGAUUUACAAGCUACAGGAAGUAGACGAAACUGAUGUCGAGUUAAAAGGCAAAAAUUUAUUAAUAAAAGUUGCAGAGUUGCCGGAUUUUUUAAUUGAUCAGGCCGAAGAUCAAGAUUUAAUUGAGAUUUUAAAGAUGAAAUUGCAAAAAUGCCAACAACGUAGCAAGCAAGAAGAGCCAAUUGAUAAAUUGGAUCUCGAUAUAAGUGAAGAAGAUUUUAUGAUGUCUUUGCAACCACCUAAGACUCCCUCAGUUCAGGAGAGCGAAAAACCGGCUGCUAUGCCUAUGUGUUAUUACAAUCUCUUGGCGGGUCGUGCUCAGCGUGCGACUGGAACUUCGUCCUCAUCACCUGAGCAGGCUGCAACUACCGCUGCCGUUGCCACUGAAGAAGAAAGCGAGGUACCCUCACGUAACUUUCUUAAGCGACAGUCUUGCAUUAUUGUUGAUCAAAAAUCGAGGCGUAAACCUUUCCGACCGUCAACAAGUAUGCGAAGAAAGUAAAUAUGAGAA